UAAUUAUGAAGUUCCGCAGGCGUGUUCCGCAGCCGAUGCUCUCCGGUUCCUCGCGGAAACACCUUCAUCACUUCAGGUUCGCCUGCUGAAGAUAUAAACACUUACAGUAUGAUGAAGAUGAACGAGUCGCUUCACGCGUUUGACUUCGAGCGUCAGUUUAACGAUCGCGCCGCGCAGGAAUGGUUUGAGCAGAACUGGGGAGCAGCGUUUGUACUGUCGGGUGUGUAUGUGGUGGUUAUAUUUCUUGGACGUGUCUUUAUGAAGGACAGACAGAAGCUGGAGCUGCGGAAGCCUCUUAUGCUCUGGUCAUUAAGUCUGGCCAUAUUCAGUAUAACGGGAGCGAUGCGGACAGGCUGGUACAUGUUCAAUAUGGUGAGGUCACGCGGGCUUCAGGAGUCUGUGUGUGACACGGAGUUCUUCGGCGCCCCUGUCAGCAAGUUCUGGGCGUUUGCCUUCACUCUGAGUAAAGCGCCUGAGCUCGGUAAGACUUUCACAUUAACUGCUGACUCUGUGACUGCUUUGGAUAAAAGGGACACGGUGUUCAUCGUCCUGCGUAAGCAGCGUCUGAUCUUCCUGCACUGGUAUCAUCACAUCACCGUCCUGCUCUACAGCUGGUACACGUAUAAAGACCGUGUGGCCGGCGGCGGCUGGUUCAUGACCAUGAACUACACCGUCCAUGCAUUCAUGUACAGCUACUACACGGCUAAAGCAGCCGGCGCUUGUGUGCCGCGACCCUUCGCCAUGCUGAUCACGCUCAUGCAGAUCACGCAGAUGCUCAUGGGGCUAAGUGUCUUGGGGCUCCUCUACCUCUGGAAACAUGACAUCCACUGCUUCUCCACCAUGCACAAUAUCAUCUACGCCUCUGUGAUGUACCUUAGCUACCUGCUGCUCUUCCUUGUCUUCUUCUAUCAGUCCUACCUCAAGCGCUCUGGAGACGAGAAGAGAGAGAAACGAGAGUGAGAAAAACUCAUCACAUCCAUCCUGUUCCUUUAAAAUAAUGCAAAACCAUCCAUAAAGGGAAUUGAAAACACUAGUUUACACGCUCAGAGGUUAAAUUAAGUUUAAAGAAGAAGAAUGAAAUAAAAGAAGAAAUAAAAAUAAAGCCUAGUUUUAG